AUGACAACAACAGCAACAGAAGCAGCAACAAUAGCAGCAGAAGCUGAAGCAGAAGCAGAAGCAACUUCUGUAGUACAAGUGAACAAUUUCUGUCGCAAAUCAUAUUGGGUCACGGUCAUGAAUGGCACAUUUGGUGUGGAAGGGAAUGGAACGUGGGAGUUGCCGAGUGCUUGGGCCUACGAAACCCCCAUUCAUGGAAAAGGAAAAACUCCCAAACUCAUUCUGGGAUAUACAACGUCUGCAAACCAACUCUGGUGGUCGAUUUAUUCUUUGGAUGGAGAAGUUGGAGAUUUGGGGUUUAAUGUGACAUCUCCCGCUCGAAAAACGACUUCUUCUUCGACGACUCCAGAUAUUUGUGGAAAUGCAGUUUGGUAUGAAGUGUUGAAUCAUAAUUGUACGGAUGAUGGCGAGGUGAGGUUGAUGUUGAAUUUGUGUGUGUAG